AUCUAAUGGUGCAUUAUGGUGCGGGUCAGGUCUCCUCUUUGAGCAUCGCAAGACGAGAAUGAUGUUUACAAUCCCUUAGCGAGGUGAUGGAGGUUGAACGGUUAGACAUCCGUCACACGUGCCGGCAAAGCGCGGAGAUCUAACCGCAAUUCUCAGCCAGUCGAUUUGUGGCGCUGGUCUACUGCGCCCCUCCAAACAAGAGUCAUGGACAAGAGAUAUCGAUUCUUCUCCGACACACAAAUAUUCCGAAAUGCAGAAUAGAUGUGCGUUCUCUAAGUCCUUAUAAAGCCGCAAGUCAGACUGCACCAAAAUCGCCCUGGGAAUUAUCAAUCGUGAUUGUGCGCUUCACACCAACUCUACUAUCAUUCUUCCACCACAAGCAUGCCAUUCCUAUCAAACAAGAUGACGCCCGAAAGUCCAGAGCGGUCGCGACCUGUUUUACCUCUGAUUUCUGAACGCGAGGUCGACAGAGCAAGACCACUGAAGGUCAUCUACAUUGGUGCUGGAGUGUCAGGCAUCGUAGGAGCUAUUCAGUUCCAAAAGAGGGUACCUGGAAUAGAUCUCGUCAUCUACGAGAAGAAUCCUGAUGUUGGUGGUACCUGGUAUGAGAAUCGAUACCCAGGAUGCGCAUGCGACGUACCAUCGCUAUCAUAUCAGCUCAGCUUCGAAUCAUCUACUCAUUGGAGUCAAUUCUACGCUUCUGCUCCCGAAAUUUUAGCAUAUUGGCAGACCGUUGCCAGCAAGUACGAUAUCCACAAGCACAUCAAGUUUCAGCAUCGAUGUGUAGAGGCUCGUUGGGACCGUAAGGAGUCGAAGUGGUUCCUCACGCUUCUGAAAAGUGUAGAUGAUGGGACCACUGAGCUUGUGCAUGAUAGCGCCGACGUUUUGGUCACUGGAACAGGAACCUUGAAUGAAUGGAAGUGGCCCGAUAUUGCAGGGAUGGAGACAUUCCGGGGCACACUAUUGCAUAGUGCGAAUUGGGACGAGUCUUUCGACUCCACUGGCAAGACAGUGGCUAUCAUCGGUGCAGGCAGCAGUGGCAUUCAAAUUGUCCCAGCUCUUGUCCCCAAAGUUGCUAGGAUGGAUCACUAUGUUCGCGGCAAAACUUGGAUUGCGAACCAGAUCGCCGAGCACCAUGUCCGCGAGCGUCAAAGCGAAGGCACGAAUGGCAACUUUUCAUACUCAUCAGAGGAGAAGCAAGCUUGGCUGAAAGAUCCCGACGUGUACCUUCGUUAUCGCAAAGAACUCGAACUGUCACUUCAGGGACUCUAUGCGACCAGCGAGCGUGAUAAUCCACGAUGUGUGGGUAUCGAACAAAAGCUUGAAGUAAUGAUGAAAGAGCGGUUAAAGGGAAAGCCGAAACUCAUCGAGUCACUCCUUCCCAGAUACCCACCACUUUGCAAACGCCUUACCCCAGGCCCAGGCUACUUGGAGGCGCUUGCAUUACCAAAAGUAGACGUCAUUACCUCGACCAUUCGAUCAAUAGAUGCAACCGGCGUUAUCACCGAAGAUGGCCAGCACCGAUCUGUUGACGCGAUCGUUUGCGCGACCGGCUUCGACACGUCGGUAUCUUCUGGCUUCCCCAUAUACGGCCGUGACGGCCUGAACCUCCGUCAAAAGUACAGCGAUUAUCCGCGGUCCUACCUAGGCCUCUGUACAGACGGUUUUCCCAACUUCUUUCAAUCGCUCGGUCCGAACUCGUUCCAAGGAGCCGGAAGCUUGCUUGUGAUGAUCGAGGUUAUUCAUACCUACAUCGCACAAGUACUGGAGCGCCUCUCAAAAGGCAAUGUCAAGAUUGUGGAACCAAAGAGAGGCCCUGUGGACAAGUUCACGGCAUACUGCGACGAGUACUUUAAGCGCACUGUGUACACAGCAGACUGUGUGAGCUGGUACAAGACAGCGCCGCCAGGCUCAUCAGUCGAGCAGCGUAUGCGUGGUCGCGUUACGGCGCUGUGGCCUGGAAGUAGUGUGCACGCUAUGAAAGCACUACAAUUUGUGCACUGGGAAGAUUUUGAGAUGGAGUAUGUUGACGGAAACAGUUUUGGGUGGUUUGGCAAUGGAUGGACUGUUGCGGAUCGGUCGGGCGACCCGGAAGGUUUAACAAGCUAUCUGAACGACUACCAGUUUCUCGAAAUGCAAGAGGGGACAUCAAGAUGGAAUGUUCCACAACUGAAAGAUCCUGCAAUCAUUCCUCUACCACUCCAACCACUAAAUCUUCGCAACCCUUCACUCUUCCAUAUUGCAUAA